AGACCCUCUAAAUUUAUGAACAUCACAACGAUCUGAUCCCUGGAGAUAAGUAGAAAUGUUGAUCGGGAAGUCUUUUGUUUGCUAUAGUAAAAUUGAUCGGGAUCCUGUCUCCGUUUUGUUGGAAAUAAAAGGAAAAGCCGAGACAUUGUUAUUCGAGAGUGGUGCGAUCGCUGAACUGUGUAAGUAAAUAUGCAAGCUUAUUAGGUUAACUUUCCAGCUGUUUCAAAAAGAAUCUUAAGGAUGGUUUUUUUAUAUGGUGUGAAUUUCAGUAUUUUAGUCUUUUUUAUCUAUGGCUUGUUCGUUUUCUUUUUCUUUCAAAUAACGGCAGGAAACCUCGAAACAAAUUUACAAUUAGCCUUCGCGCAGACACUAUAUGCGACACAUGGGCCGGCUGCACCCGCAGGCUAAUUUACAAUCCGCCUGUUCUUAUUAUUAUUUUAUUAAACCUAUGUACUUUUGUUUUGGAUGUAAUAUUUACAUACUCUACAUACUUUAAGCUCACAAGCUUCCCACGGGUGAAUGAGAAAGAAAAAAGUACAGGGUAUAUGUGAUGACCUUUAUAAGGGGUAGUUGGCUAUUUGAAUAAGUGUUUUAUUUUGUCAGUUUAUUAAAGUAUUAUAAUUAAAAGUCUUGAAAAUAUAUUUAAAGUAAAUCUUUGACCAAUGUUGUCAAGUAAAAGAAACGAAGUGGUCAGACCAGAGGCUUUAUCAUGGUUUAUGACACCAUCUUCUUGUCUAGGAAAGAAAGUGUGAAUCAAUUAUAGUGUUAGAGUCCAGUGUCCAAUAAUGUUUGUGGGAGGUCACUUCUAAAAUAAAUAUAAUGAAUUGCAAAAUUUAAGGGCCUACCCUGCUCCACAGUGGUUUUUAAAUGGCCUUUCAUUGGCUAUGAAAUUAUCUGUACAAUUUCCCUUCCCAUGGGUGAAAAUUUCGUAAGAAAAAUUACAGACGAAAAAUAUAGAAAAUCUGAAACAAGUUAAUGGGCAAAUUUCAUCUUAGGUUUCUUAAUGUGUCGGUAGAAUCCUCUGCAUUGUGGCAUUUAAAGCUUACAAUUUAUAGGUUUUUCAGGAUAGAGUUUUCAUGAAAAUUAUUCUACAUUGGAUUCAAAUACAAAACACUAAACUCUCACAUGCUUGCCCACUGGUCAAGAUGCUGUUGAGACCAUGGUAAGAUCUAUCAAUGAAACUUAGAUAUAUUGUGUUUUUGUCCUAAAGCCAUCACAUUUCUGUCUAUGAUGUUCAUUCUUGUGUAUUGUUCGAUGUGUGGAAAAAAAGAAACAUCUGAUACUCAAUCUCUUUAAUCCUUAAAAUCUGAAUAUCAAUGUACAUAUACUCCUCUCUCUUCUCUGUUCAUUUGCUGUGGUGCUGGUGAGCAGAAUUUGUUAAACAAUUAAGACUUUCCUACUAUUGAACAUUUCCCUUAUUCUCAUAUCCUUUAUGUUUGAUUAAACAAUGAUAUCAUAAGGAGUAAUGAGAUGGUGAACAUACUUAAGAGUUGCAGGGAUACCUUAUUGGUACUUAAUUUCGCAGGUCUUUAAUUUUGCAUUUUUCGUGAUUGUAAAAAAAUCACAAAAUUAAAGAUCCUUGAAAAUAAACCCUUGUGAAUUUAAAAGGACGCAAAAUGUAAUACCCAUAUAGAAAAUUCAAAUAACAAUUGACAUGUAAUAGCAACGAUAUGUAUCGACCAACACAAAUUAAUAAUGCUUUCUGGUUUUACUGGUUAGCUCCAUUUUGUAUCUUCCAUUGUGAAAUGACGUUAGUUUGCCAUGAUUUCACACAUUGCUUGGUCCAGUUGAUCUAAUUUUCUUAAAGGUUCAGACUUCUUAAAAAAAGAAAAUGAAAUUGCAAAUGCUUAAAUCGUCAAAUUUAAUGCCCUUUUUCAUGUUUGCAUGUACUUGUUAAGUACCUGCGAGUCAGUCACUGAAAAAACUGGCCAUUGUCGAGAGGUUAUUUUGGCAGUAGGGGACACGCUGUAGUGGCUGUUGCCAUUGUAGAGAGGUUGCCAUGAUUGUAGAGAGGAUUAUACAAGGGUCAAUGUAUGGACUCUCCACUGGGACAAAAAAGAGUGGCCAUUGUAGAGAGGUUGCCAUUGUAAAGAGGUGGCCAUAAGUAGAGGUUUGCCGUUAGUUUCUUGUGAGAACAAGGUGCAGGCCUGUUGACAAUAGUUGUAUAAAAGGACCUCUUUGAUUUUUCGGAUUGAGCUAAGUAUGGUAAAUGGAAAAGGUGGUCAUUAUAUAAACAUGUGUUUGAUUGAGUUUAGGAGAGUCUUUUUUCUCCAGCUUUUCUGGAUACAGACCUGCACAGUGGGGAUGGAGAGGCAUGAAUGGAACUUAUAGGUCUCAGUCAAGGUGCCCUUCGCUCCCUACCUAAUCCCAUAACUUGUUAUGAAUAGGCACUAAUGAUGGGGAGUGCUGGCCAGCAAUUGUUACACUGCAUAGCAUGGUUCUUUUAUGUCCCAAAGAAGUCAAACCACAGGGAAGUGUUGAGAAACUGGGUCUAUGGUUUUCAAUCCUUAUGCAAAGACUAGUCAAGAAAGUUUGCAGAUGUGAGAGCAAAGUCAGCUAUUUUCCAGUUUAUAUUUAAAGACCCUAAAUGUUGGUUACAGGCAGGAAUUGAGCCCAGGCUAACCACUUUGAGAUCUUGUACUAGUUAGGGUGCAAGUUUUUAUUAACUAGUCUCAGUGACUUUUUUUUGAGUACUGAAAUUGCUCCUUUGCUUUAUUUCUUUUUCCUGUUAUGACUUGAUGUUUAUAUCUUCAGGACAGUUUUUUUUUUCUGAUAUUCAGAUAACUAGUUACUUAAUACAUGAGAAAUUUUAUUGCCUUUAAUAUUCAAAUAUAAUAUUAUUUCUUUCUUGUUCCAUUCACAGCGCAAUGGGAAACUGAGAGUAUCAAGAAAGGAUAUUCAAAAGUUGCUGAUGCUUAUGGUUGCCUUGGAGUCCUAAAAGUCAAUCUUGGUAAGAAGAGACAUUUACAUUAUAGUGCAAAAGAAUUAUUUAAAAUAUGAAUACAAGGUUUCUGUUGAGAACGUUAAGAUAAAACCUUUAUGAUAAAGAAAAAACAAUUAUAAUAUGCGUUUAUUAUAUUUAAUUAUUAGAUUUGUAAAGUGAGAUACCUCCACACAAAAUUGUGCUUAGUUUGAAAAGACCCCGGCCCUUACAUUACUGGUUAAACACACUUUUUGAAUACUAAGUGCUGUAAAAAACAGGAGUAUUUCUCUAAUCAAAAGUUGACAGUGUGUUAAAAAUCUUUUUAGCCAGUAUCCACCUGGUUGCUUGUCUCAUGAUAAUCGCUUUGUUAUUGAUGAAGAUGUUUUGACCAUCACACACCAUGCUGCUGGUAUUCACUGGCAGGCGAUGGUGUCACUUUGCCAUUGUGUGACUAAUAUCUUUUGCACCAUGGUUGCUAGUGAUUGGUGCAAUAUACGAAUCUCACUUUAUGGUUGGUGGGUUUUGAUCAUAAGCAUUGUGUGCAUUGUUAGGACCAGUACUGUAAUGUUUGUGUAAGGUCAUUGACAUUGAAAGAAAAAUCACCACCUAGUUAGCUCAGUUGGGAGAGUGCUGGUCUGCUGAGUGGGGGUUGUAGGUUCAAACCCCAGCUGGACCAACACUCAGUGUCCUUAAAUAACUGAGAAUUACAUGCUGCCUUUGUAAUGACAUCUGCAGAUGGUUAGACUUUCUAGUCUUCUUGGAUAUGGAUGAAAAACCAUAUGGUUUUGUGGGACAUAAAAGAUCACUGUUCGAUUAGAAUAGGGGACCUAGACUCUGGUGGUGUGGCCAACCUCUCCUCGGCUGGAUGGGUUAUCUGUGAGGAGAAAUCUUAAUAUAAGGGUUAUCUCAUGAUCCUCCUUCAGGAGUCGUAAUCGCUACCUGUUUGUACUUUUAGAGCAUACAUUUUUCACGGUGGAAAACACUAGAACUUCAUUUGUCAAAAUAAUAAAAUAUCUAGUAAAUCCAACUUAAUCUUUGAUUUCUUUAACUUUCAGGUGAAACAGAGAUAAGUUUUUAUUUAGUUCUUGUAACUGGUUGUACCUCAGUUGGAAAAAUCGGUGAGAGUGAAAUAUUUCGCAUCAAUGCCACUCAUCUGGUUGCUUUGCAAGAUGAUCUGGAUGAAGAAAUAAUUUCUGAAGUGCGUAAACUUUUGAACUCUGGAACAUUUUAUUUUUCUGUUUGUGCUGGAGAUAAACAGCCCUUGGACUUAACACUUUGUUCUCAAAGAAGAUUUGAGGACUCAGAACCAGACAACAGGUUUUUUUGGUGAGUGAAAACUAUGUUUUCAAAUUCAGCUUACAGUUACAGGUACAUUUUCACAGAAAAGGAAUAUGGCUUUGGUACGAGUUUUAGAUGUAGCUGUAAGGAUAUCUUCAAUUCCAGUAGAUCAUAAAAUUCUAAAACUUUUAUCAGCAACAUGUAGCACUGAUAUAAUUCUACAAGGCAGUUCUGUACGAUUUGAGUAUAACUGGUAGUAAAUUAUUGUAGACCUCACCAUGUUAGGCUGUGAAAUUGAAGACCCAUUCUGGCUGUUGCUUUGUCUCUCUUACAGGUCAAAAUUAUAUUCAGGUUAACAUUUUUCAACCUGGGUUGAUUUUCUCCUAGUCCUGAUUAUUCAUGAAUUAGGGCAAGGAGACAAAGGAAAUUGGGAAUCAACCUAGGCUAAAAAAAAUUUUGACCUUAACAUGUAAAUUUAACUCCAGCAAAAAGAAUCAACAUACCGUUUAAAAACUGGACACCUCUCCUUUUUAAUAGAAAUUUAUGUUUUAACUUAAUUUGCAGUUUAUAAUAUUUGAAGAAGUCUGCCCUAAGGAGAGAGGGCACAUUUAUCUUUCUUGCCUCCUUAGAUUCAGAUUCAGAUUUCUCACAGUUUUUUUGCACUAUUAAGAAACAGAUGUCAUGUCACAAUUUAUUACAGGAAUGGAAGAAAAGUAAAAAGAUUCACAAAGUACAGAAAUUUCUUCUUAUGCUUUUAAUGUAGCCCUUUUGGCAUUUAGUCCUAGACAAGUUCCAUCCAUUUUCCUACUAUUUAAGGCAUGUUCACACUUUAUCGGGUAGCUUUUGGUGCAACCCUGAAAAGCUAUCCAGUUUACACUGUACUGACUUUCCACUUUGGAGAUUGGCACAGUGCAGCUUCGCUUCAAUAAAGAAAUCGCAAUAAAAUCACCAUUGUUAUUUGUGAACAGAAGCCCUUUCCGGGAUGAUUUUUGUGGCAGCGCAAAAGCCAUCUGGUAGAGUGUGAGCAUACAUCUGUAACGUAAGAUAAUAAAUCCUAAAAAGGUGGGUAGACAAAAGGAAAGGAUGACACUCAAUACUCUGAUUAAAUACAAGUGAUAGCAAUACUUUUUUGUGUUGUUUAAAAGUCUGUCUAUCUUGAACAUUCAAUAUUUUACAGUACUAAACAUUAGCUUUAUUGUCAUAUUCAUUUACUAUCAUAUUUAGUAAUUGAAUUGGUUUUGAAUACUUUUGACAAUGAAUAUUGUAUUCUCAGGAAUCGCAGCUUACAUAUUCACUUACAAAGAUUUGGAAUUGACUGUUCACAAUGGCUUCUUCGGAUGAUGUGUGGAGCAGUAGAAAUUAAAACUGUUUAUGUUGGAAAGACGCAGGCCAAAGCCUGUAUUAUUUCAAGAUUAAGUUCUGAGAGAGCAGGAACAAGGUUUUAUGUUCGAGGCACAAAUGAUGAUGGACAUGUUGCCAACUUUGUGGAAACAGAACAGGUAAUUGCCUAGAAUGAACCUUGUAUGGCUUUUAGUGGUUUGAAUGCCCCUACCAGCAUUUUACAUUAUCCACGGAGAUCUUUGCAGUGAAUCAUCUUGUAUGCACAUUAAACAUAUAUUUUUAACAUUUCAUAGUAGGUUGUUGUGGAAAAGAAACAAAGUUGAAUGCCCUCAGCACAAUUUGUACUGCAGUGUGAUUCUAGUUUUCCAGGAUCUGCUCCAAUAUGACGUUAUCACAUUUCUUUUUUUUCCUUGCCAAUAAAUAACAAACUGAAUAUUGAUUUAAUGCGUGCAAGCUUUUACCUGUGCGAGCAGACUAGAGCUUUUCUGGAAAAAGACAUUCUGCUCUAGCAACCAAGUUAUGCAAACUUGGGCUAAAUGUAUCAAUACUCGUAGUUUUUAUGCUAGGCUGUUCAUUAAAAUAAGUAAGACUUAGGAGUAAGACAUAUUUCUGUUUGUUGCCUCUCUUAUGCGAGUAAAAUUUACCUUCAUGUACAUGCCCGUAAAAAUUACACGACAGUAGAAAUCCACCUUAAGCCAACUUUAUCAAGCUUCUAGUUAUGAACCACAUGGGAGAAAAUUGUACGUAGUAGGCUGUUGUGUACUAUCACUGCCUAGUUUCUCUCAAUUUGGACCAAGAUGUAGACCCCUCUGUCCCUGGUUAAUAUUAUUAUUCAUGUUGUAAUUUUAGUUUAUUGUGGUUGAUGACAUGACAACAUCUUAUGUUCAAACUCGAGGAUCAGUGCCAGUUUUUUGGGAACAGCCUGGCCUACAGGUAUGACAUUGUUUAGCAUGCAUUUAAAACUUAGUACUAGCACUACUUGAAUCGCAGAGCCUGGUGAAACAGAGGCUAACAAAACAGUAGACGGGUUGGGCAGGGUGGUUGGUUGGGAGAGUUUUUCCACUUUUUAGGAGAAAAAAGAUUUGUUUAUGGGAAACAAAGGUAAUUUUCGAGAGGAUGAGAGGAUUGUAGCCUCCCCCUUUUCCUCCUCCCCCAUACUGUGCUUAAUUAAAGAAUCUAAUAAUAAUAAAAAAGGUCAGUGCCAAAUGAUGAUUACCAGCUGUAACAAUUGCAUCCUGGGUGCUUUUAUUUGUCAUUGUCAUUUAUUCAAUCCUUCAUCAUUCUGGGGAAUAAAAAGUACCUUUUGUUAAAUGAUUGCAGGUUGGUUCUCACAAAGUCAAGCUCUCUCGAGGAUUUGAAGCAUCUUCACCUGCAUUUGACAGGUAAAGUAAAAAAACAUGUUUAGUUAACUUGAAAAUUCAAGUGAAAAUUCCCUCGAAUACUUCCUACAAAAAUAAUUUCCCAAUGAUUGGGGUUUUUGCGUAGUAACUACUAAGUGAAAGACAAAACAGUGGUCAAAUGGGGUAAGAAAAGCAAAAGGAGUAGGGAAGAAAGAAAGCGCUUGCUGUAAUGUAGCAUCAGCAGCAAAAACCAGGGUGGUUCCCCUUGACUUGUAAACUGUGUUUUGAGCAGUAUUCGCCACUUGCACAUCUCCCAUAAUGCACCUUAUUUGCCGCUCAAAAUUUUGCAUAACCUUUGUUUUUCAUUUCUCCUGGGUAUUACAGCCGUCCCAAGAGAAAUUGAAAACAAUGCUUUUGAAAAAUGUUGGGGGACAAAUAAGAUGCAUUAUGGGAGAUGUGUGAGUUGCAAAUUGGUUCUUUUUAGCCAGAUAGUGCUAAUGUUGUUACUAAUAUUUGUGAAGAUACAAUCGGCUAAGGAGAUUGAUUCCUACAACUCGUUUUGGUGUGGUUUAAUGCACUACACUUUGAAGAACUUUCUUAAUGGUAUUUUUUUUCUUUUUCAGACAUCUGACAAGCUUGAAACAUGAAUAUGGCCAGCAGCUGCUUAUUAACUUGCUGGGCUCAAAAGAAGGUGAAAAUACUCUCAGUGUUGCCUACCAGGUGAGAUGUCUUCUUAGAAAUGAUCAUCCUUUUCACUGCAAGAUCCAAAUCUUGAAAUUCAGUAAAUGAAACUCAUCACUUAUUAGGAGAUUUAAUACCUUUUGCUUUUGCUUACUUCCACGGGUAGCUGUGACUUUCCAUAGCUUUAUAUGCAGACAUACCUUCCCUGAGAACUGUUUAGUGAUCCCAAAGCACGUCUGUUGAUAGCCUGUGUACAGACCCCCCUCCCCUCAGUGUUUCCGAUUUUUCCUGAGGGGAGGGGGGGGGUCUGUUCACAGGCAAAUUAAUCUGUUGAUGGCUGCCGAUUGUUUUAUGCGAAACGCCAUACUUGCAGAAUAUCAAUACACUGGAUUUACUAUAAGUUACAGUAUAUUUCCUGGUAUGGUAAAAAUCCUGAAUCCUGAGAGGUGGGAUUUAGAUUCUAUGUAUUGUAUCUAUUGUUAGUAUGGAUUCUGCAAAUCCAUGGUUGGAUUUUAGAAAAGAAACGCGAAUACCGUUUAUGGAUUCAGGAAUCCGGCCGGAUCUCAGAGUGUAAUUAACGUACUUGUAGCACCGAGUAUUCUGUACCAAGUUGCCUGAACUUCUGUUUUCAGGAUCAGUUGAAAGAUUCUAUACAUGGGAGCACAACACGCAUGAUCUGCUUUGAUUAUCAUCGAAACUGCCGGGGCGGAAAAUUGGACAAACUUUCUGUUCUAAAGGAUAAAGCCAAACCCUCUAUGAAUGAAUUUGGUUUGUUUUUUGCCAAAGGAGAUCAGAUUAUAAAGUAUGUAUUCUUGCAAUUCUUGAAGGGUUACUUUUCUUUAUUGUCAUAUAGAACAGAAAUACUUCUAAAACUGACAUGUUAUUGGCUAAGUGUCACCUCUACUUGGUCGACAGCAGUAAAAACAAUGAUGAUGAUGAUGUUGCUUGGUUCUUGGUGAUGAUAAUGGUGAUGAUGAGAAGUAUGCAAGCAAUGCAUUGUUUGAGCUGAUGAGUCUUUUAAUGUUGAGCACUUAAUGUAGUUUUGCAUUUUAAAUAAGCUAUAAAAACGUAUUACCAUUAAAAAUGAGUGUUUCCUUCACCCUCAAAAUUGGAUGUAUGUCGGAAAUAUAUGGGUCAUAAUGCGGUUAUUGAUUGAGUUACACUCAAAAAAUUUGUUUUAUAAACCGAGUUAAUGAAGAGUAAAUUUACCACCUUUAAGGAUUCUAGAGUUCGAGUGCUGGUCCUUUGUCUUUUCCAGAGCUAGUCUUACUGUUAAUAAAAUAUUUUUUCCCUACGGCCUGCCCCAUGUUAGUCAACGGAGGUAACUUUCAUUCAAUUAAGCCUUAUUUAUCACUGAAUGUGUACUUUGAAAUGCCAUUGAUAGGAGACAAACAGGAUCCAUCCGUACAAACUGCAUAGAUUGUAUCGAUCGAACCAACAGUGUACAGACUUACCUGGGCCUUUGGGUAGGUUGACUUCUAAUAGUCUCUUACAGUUCUUAAAGACUCUUAUUGAAUGAAAACUAAACUUUAUUAAAUGCGUUUUUAAAUUACCGUGGCACCGGUUUCUAGCCUCUUUUUUUAUUUGUCUCUGAGUAAGCUGGUCUUCUUAUUAAUUCCUCUGUUGCAACUCCGAUUUCUUGUACCCCCAAGGAUGGUGGGGGGUGGUGGUGGCGGAGAGAUGUCACUCCUCAGAUUUUGUUAGGGGCGUGCGUACACUUCUCUUUUUAUCGGCAUUGGUACCAAUUUGCAAUUGUAACUUGUGUAAUCUUUAUUAGAUACUGUCCCUGCAAGUGGAGUGUUUGGGAUUGUCCAACAAACAAGCCUUACUCUCCAGAUUCCAAGAAGCGUUUCGAUCCAUGUGGACACAAAAUGGCGACCAUAUCAGUCGUAUGUACCUAGGAACAGGAGCUUUAGAUGGCAAGGCAAAGGUAUCUGCUUUCAACUAACCACAAUCAUGGCCGCUCUCAAGAGUUCGCGAACAUUCCGAAUUUGUAAAUUUCAUGUUAUCUUUUGCUGUGCAAGCGGCGAUGUCAACAAAACAUACUCUAGAAUUAAGUUCAGUGUUAGAUAUUUUGUUUCACGUUGUGACUUUUUCGUACAUGCACUACAGCCAAAGUUAUGGGGAAUCAAACAUACUGGGGUGAGACGUUAAAAAAAUGGAGGCGAGCCUUCUCAAUUGCGUAAAGACCAAACUAAUAGCUGCUGCUUGCCAAUUAGUGGUUGGUGAAAGAUGUUGUAGAGAUGGUUUUCGUUAAUUCAGCUGCUUUGUAUGUUUUUCGUUUCUAGGUUAUCAACAAACUACGUGAUGGCGCUCGCUCGGUUCACAGAACUAUCGUCAACAAUUUCCUGGACGGAAGCAAGCAAGAAGCUAUUGAUAUGUUACUGCUAGGAAACACGUUUGUGGGAGAACUGGGUGAACGGGCGCGUGCGCUUUUGUACGCGUCAUUUUUACACGGUAAGUUGCGUGACUUUUUUCAGGUAACACUAGCGAGAGGGUCUGAAUGGGGGAGUCCACUUGUCAGUUGUCGGUUAAAAUUAAGUUACUUGGUCGGUAGUCGGCUAAAAUUUUCGAUCUUCGUCAGUAGUCGGUUAAACUUUUUGAUUUUUGUCGGUUGUUGGGAAAAUCUCAGCUAAUAAGUAAAAACGCUUGUUAAUUAUUAAUAUUUUUUUAUGUAUUUCACCCAUUUUCAAGACUUUGAUCCCUAAGGAAAGAGUAAAACUUGUAAGAAUGCAUCAUUUGAUUGCACUUAAACUUCGUUAACUCUUGUUUGUUUAUGCAACAUGAUCGUUUAUUUCACCAUUGUUUGCCAAAUGAAUAUCAUGAGUAAUGGUAAAAUCACCAAACCGUUUAUUGUAAAUGCAAACUUAGACUCCAGGGCCGAGUUGUUCAAAGCUGGGUUAAGAUAACCGAGGGUUAGUGCGAGAUUUGAAUUCAGAUUUGGAAGCUUAAAAAGCAUUUCAGUUUUAAUUCUUUUUGUCUACUAGUUGAUGAUUGGAAGCUCUAAAAAUAACAGAGAAAAUUACCCGACAAGAUGCUUUUGAAAGCCAGAAAAAGAAACCCGGGUUAAAUUUAACCCCGGGUUAAGCGCUAAUCGGCUUUCGAACAACUGGGCCCAGCCUUUUGGAUACUUAAAUUAUUCUUUGGGAAAAACUGCAAGGUGUGACCGGCUGCACAUCUAUACCUUUAAUGUUUUGGCUCUAACAAGCAUGUCCUUUGCCAUAUUUUCCUUUCUCAAAGAAAUAACACUUUAACCCUCAGACGUACAAGGGGUGGGGGUGGGGAAGGUUUUUCUGGGAUUUUUCCAAAAGGAUAAAACAUCAGCACGUGACGUUUUCAGUAGAUGGUCGUUUAUCUCUCGCACGAAUUUUGAGACAAGUUCAGUGAUGAUCAGUUUCUAUGGUUACGAGUUAUGACGUAAUACGUAGCUGGUGGUCAAGCCAUUUUGAGAGAAAAUGUAUGUUUUUUUCCAACUUUUUUCAACAAUAAAAGUAAAUCUUGUGGCUAAAAUCAUGCAAAGUGCUUAUUUAUGCGUUAUUAUUCAUGUCAAGCAAUUGCCACUUCUCGCUGUUUUAAGCUGAUUUCUAAUUCUUGGUAAAAUCCAAGAUCACGGCCAAGAUGGCGACCAUUGUUGGUGACGUCACAGGCCUCCAGCAGUGCCACCAGUCAUAAAAUACACCUCAUCUUGUUAAGAAGAUCAAGGGCUUUUCAGUGAUGGCAAAAUCGCUUCGAAAUACUGCAACAUAUCAAAAACUCUAGGGAGGGGUCCCAUCUACCAUCCUCUUUUACCAUGGUGGGGGGUAUGAUUUUGCGUGUACGUCUGAGGGUUAAGUGGUUCUUUAAAACUUUGGUAAGGUAGUGGUUGGUUUUGUAUGAGUUUACACUUUUUCAUUGAAGCUUCUUUUAUAAUAGACACUAAGGGCUUGUACUGUGUCACGAAAGGCAAUAUUUCUUUUUCUUCCUUGUUGUUUUGUUUCAGAAGCGCUGCUUUCCUUCUGUGAGCUUUACUUCUAAUAGCAAUUUUUCUUUCAAAAUUGUGUGGCCAGCCUCUGUCCAUCAACCGUUUUUUGAAAUCUGAAAUACUUCCUUAGAGGAGUUUGUUCGUAGGAUUCUCAAGGCUUCUUGUUUGUCAAAUCCAUUUUAACAAUUGGAGGGUGAUAAGAGGUGAAAAUGUAUAUACUGGAGGUUUCCUUUUAAAAUGCGUCUUUACGUCAAUGAUAUAGCUUUUUCUCAUUUUUCGUUGAAUGUUAUGCCUCGGUAUCCAACCGGGUCUAAAAAGGUUGUCUCAUUGUCAGAUAUUUCGGUCGUAAAUUUCAUAGCCAGUAGAGCUAGAGCAGUAGGGUGAAGUAAGUUUACUUGUUCCGUGAGUUUGAACAAAUCUACCAUGUCUGGUUUACUUAUGUCCCAUAAGGAAAAAUAUCAUCUAUGUAGCGUUUUCAAACAGUUGGUAAAUAACGUGUAAAUGGAGUCUUGUGCGGCCUUUUUGAAGAAAAGGAAAAGUGAUGAACACCGGCAUUUGAAUUAUAUUUUGUACGUCAUACGAUUCGUGUUUCUAUGUUUUGGCUUUUAACGAAAUGAGUUGUCGAAAAGUGUGGAAUAAAGUUUUACUUCACCUUUAUAACUUUGAUAAUACAAUUUAUCUAGCAAGUCUUUUUCUAGGAAACAUUAACACAUUUCUUGAAAUAUUUCGUUUGCAAGAACAACAACAACAACAAAAAAACAAAUCAUAACCGUUGGCUGUCUUAUGUGAUACCAUACCAUUUCUACAAGAUCUGGUAAAGUGCGAAAAAUUGAAAAUGUAUCUGUUCUUUCUCAGCCUCUCCCACGAUUCUCCGCGAGCUGUGCGACCGCCACCUUGAAUACACUACGUGGUCCAAUAUCCGGAUAUGUGUAGGAACGUGGAAUGUAAAUGGCGGGAAACAUUUUCGAAGUAUCGCUCACAAGCAUCAAACAAUGCACGACUGGCUGUUGGACUUUCACAAAACACUUCCGGACAGCGGUUAUUCAGAGACUGAUAGCGUAGAUUUUCGGUUGCCCACGGACAUAUUCGCCAUUGGCUUUGAGGAGCUGGUGGACUUAAAUGCUUCAAAUAUAGUUUCAACAAGGUAGGUGUAACUUUCGGUCAGGGGUGGGAUAAUAACCCCGGCAUCAUCAUCAUCACUCGGCCCUUACGGUUAGGAUGCUAUGAACAAUCUUAUACCAGACAUUCUGGUCUGACAUGGCAUUUGCAAGAUCCUCACUGUCAAUUCCGGAAUCUCUCGAGAUCAUAUGCAGGUUUUCAUUUUCUUUGAAUGAACAGGGCCAGUUGGUUUCCAUAGACGAAGGGAUUGGAUGAUCUCACAACCGAUCCCAUCCAGUCUACAUGUAGUUCCUUUUACCUCCAGGAAUAGUAACUUUCUUUUUUAAUUAAUGGGCCUAUCUUAAGUUUUAUCUAUUGUUUAACAGAACCACGUCCUAAGCGACUUUCAAUUUGACCAACCCUAAUAUCUAAAGAUAGUUUGCUACGGUUUAUACGACGCAUAUACUGUAUACUUAUAAAAUAUUUAUCUGUUUGAAAAUAAGACAUCAUUUUUAAAAAAAUGCGGAGUUCCUCUUUUAGUCUCAAACCGCUACGAUGUCUUUUUUACUCCUAAAUUAUUGCGAUAUUUUGACCCUUAUUGCGAGUGGCGUAAUGUUCACUCAACUAAACUUCAUUUUCUUACACUUUAGUUCAAAUCAGCGAAAGGAAUGGGGCGAAGAACUGCGGCGUAUCAUAUCACGUGACCAUGCGUAUGUUCUGGUCACAUGUGAACAGCUGGUUGGUGUUUGCCUGUUUGUUUUUAUUCGACCGCAUCUUGUACCGUUUCUAAGGUAACUAAACACACAACAAUUAUUCACUUAGACCUUCUUAUUAAAAAAGUAAAAAAGGUUUAACGAAAAACCUCGUACGAUAUUCAGAAAAUUGCACAAUUUGUAAUUCUUUAGAAAGUUUUUGGAUCAGUGGUAGAUCACGUUCUUUCUGUUCUUUUCAGAGAUGUAGCUGUGCAAACCGUCAAAACAGGGCUUGGUGGUAACGCUGGAAACAAAGGAGGAGUGGCUAUCCGUCUGUUGUUACACGCUACUUCUAUCUGUUUUGUGUGUUCACAUUUUGCUGCUGGUCAGUCGGGGGUAGCAGACAGAAACAGUGAUUAUCAUGAUAUAGCGUCACGGGUUGUCUUCCCUAUGGUAAAGUAUUGAUAUUCUGAAACGUUUAUUGUAGGUGAAACUAUUUGGAAGACAUCUAUGGCGCCGUGUUUUAAUUAUCAUUAAUGGGCGUCUCAAAAAUCGCAAAACGACACUUAAGGGCUGGGAGAAUACCAGGAUGAAAGGAAGAGAAAAAAGCGAAAUAAAGGACUGUUAACAGUGAAAACUGUUUUAUCCGUAGUCUUGGUUAAGUGAUUACAGGCAAAAAUUGAAACUAAUUGUUUGAUAGAAAGAAGUGGAAAAGCGAAGGGAAAAAUUUGAAUUCUGUAAGAGAGACUCGCCCCUGAAGACAAAAGUUAUAAGAGGAACUUAUUAAGUUUUUUAUUCUGAUGCAACAAUCUCCUGACGUGUUUCCUAACUGCGUGUGGAAAAUAACGCGUGGAAAAUUUAAGAAUUCAUUAAUUAACAUUUAAUGGUUGAGGCUGACUAUCUUAUGAAGAAUUAUGGAGGAGGGUGUUAUGAUAACACCCUCCGAGAUCUCCAUAAUUCUUCAUAUCAUACGAAAGCCAAAUUCAAUUGUUUUAUUAUUCAUUCAAAAUAAUUCCUAGUUUAAAAACAUGGCUAAACAAAAACCUUAGUUUUACUCUAGUACAGUAGUAUAUUUUACACUGGCGGACCUCUUAGGAAACCAAUAAAGUUCAAGAGGUCAAAUUCAGGGAUUGUCAUUGGUGCAUUUCGAUCCAUUUUGCUUCUGACUAUUUUGAUGCUUAAUAAGCAGAUAUUUUGAAGCUGUUGGUUGUUUACGAUUUCAUUCAUUUACACAAUUCCAAAUUGCACAGAAGAACAACAGUACAUAAUCUUACUACGAUCGACAAUACUUUGAAACUUUAGCUUCCAUUGACAGCUGUCCGUUUUAGGAGAAAAAUUCCACUUUUGUAGCAGAAUUUAAUUCAAGUCUGAAAAUUUCUGGGGGGGGGGGGCUCGAGCCCCCCCUGCCCCUCCCCCUGUUACGGGCCUGGAUAAUGCUCGUUUAGGGUUGUUCAGCUCCGCAAAUAUUCUCCAAAGAGCAGAUGUCGCCCUUCGAGUUGUCUUCUUGCUGUUCUUGCCAUGUUUUUAGCUAUUUUUUCGCCUAGUUCUUACUCUUGAAACGAGUGAAAUGUCCGCCAUUUUUCAAGUUCACAACCAAAACAACUCAACCUUGUCCCCAGGUCUUCUCGGUUAACGGUGCAUUAACCUGUAGAAGGCUGCAUUUUUGACGUCAUUUCUUCGUUAAACACAAAAUUCCUCCAAAUUUCUUUCAUCAGUAACUGGUUAUGGUGAAUUAUGCGUGUGCUUUUAGCCAAUCAGAAUUGGAGAAAUAUUCUGAAUGAAUAAUAAUUGUCGUUAUUAUUCAUUCAAAAUAUUUCCCCGAUUCUGAUUGGCUAAAAGCACACGCAUAAUUCACCAUAACCAGCUACUGAUGACCAAAUUUGGAAGAGUUUUGCGUUAAAUGAACAGAUGACGUCAAAAGUGCGGCUUUCUUGCACGUUAACCGAGAAGACCUGGGAACGAGGUUGAGUUGUUUUCGUUGUGAAGACAAAAAUGGCGGACAUUUCACUCGUUUCAAGAGUAAGAACUAGGCGAAAAAAUAGCUAAAAACAUGGCAAGAACAGCAAGAAGACAAAUCGAAGGGCGACAUCUGCUAUGUGGAUAAUAUUUGCGGAGCUGAACAACCUUAAACGUGCAUUAUCGAAGAUGAACUUAACAUCGAUGGAUCGAUGAAGGUAAGCAUGUUUUAGCCAUGUUUUUAAACUGAGAAUUAUUUUGAAUGAAUAAUGAAACAACUAUUGAAUUCGGCUUUCGUAUCGAGAUCUCCAUAAUUCUUCAUAAGAUACUCAGCCUCAUUCAUUCAUUGUUAAUUAUUCUCUGAUUAUGCUAACGCAAAAUCAACCUUGUCUGUCUCCCAAUCAGGGUCGACGAUUAUCGUCACAUGACUAUGUAUUCUGGUGUGGUGAUUUUAACUACCGUAUCGAUCUGCCCAUUGAGGAAGUAAAAGAACUGAUAAAAAGCAAACAGUGGAAUGAACUGCUGAAAGAAGAUCAACUUGUGAAGCAAAAGAACGCUCAUAAGGUACAGUGAUUCAAGAGUCCUGCAGGAAAAAAAGUUCAGUAAUGGUUUCUCCUUGUUAAAUAACAACUCUCCCCCUUCUUUCUUUGAUUUUUGCCUAUGAUUGUCAAUAAAUUUGCCUUUUGUUGAUAACCGUGGUUUCAGUGUAGUAGAGCGUUUCGUCUGUUUGUAAACUAAUACGCAGAAGGGAUUUAGUUAUCGAAUUUUACUGAUUCAGAAUCUUUUAAAUGACAGUCUUUUGUGCGGAUCCAACUAGUUUCAGUCGAAUAUACCCACGCCAGAGUACACGAAAAUUACAAAUUUUUGCUGCUGCAUGAAAACCUCGAUAUAAGUGGAAUUUGUAUGAAACUAUUCAGCGGAAAAAUUAAUAAUCCUCUAGAACAGUAUGCCAGAUAUUAUCCCACAAGGCCACUCAAAUGUGACAUCUUGGCCCUGUUACUCCGUUGUGCAGCCAGUGUGGUCGACAGACUUGAAAUCUAGGGGUUUCUUAAGCCCGGUUUCCUAAAAAUUUACGGAAAAUCAGUUUUGAGUAAGUAGUCGACUGCUUCAAUUACAGAAUUAUUUUCAAAAUUGGGCCGUAUUAUCCUGAAAAAAGAAAAUAAUAGAUAAUGACCAUACUCAGCCACUAUCAGCUUCUGCGUGUACAUCAUUCAUCAUAGAUUUUAGUUUGCUUGUUUGUUGUUCCUGUCAUGAAAGUGACGUAAAAGUGCUUGGUCAAGUGAUCUUAAGGCAAUUUGUUUGUGUUUUUCUGACAAGGUUUUCCGUGCAUUCUUUGAGGGAAAAAUUGCCUUUCCUCCAACUUACAAGUACGACUUAUUUUCCGAUGAUUAUGACACCAGUGAGAAGAUGCGCAACCCGGCCUGGACCGACCGGGUUCUCUGGAGACGGAGAAGGCCCCGGUACAAAUCCACCACACUUGUGCGUAAACACGUGACACCACAGCAUAACCAUGUACUACAGGAAGGCAAGGAAUUACUGAUGGGGGGAGGGGAAGAUGAGACUGAUGCUGAUGACGUGUUUGACGAUGAUGAUGAUGAUGAUGAAGAGGAGGAGGAAGUUGAUGAUAACGAAGAGGAAAGCGAUGAACAAGAUGGAAAACGGGGUAAAAUUUGUUUAAUGUAACGGGAAAAUUAUAAUUAUUCCUCAAAUGAUGGACUUCUGUUUAUAGGAAACGAGCAGUGAAUUCCAUACAAAAGGUUUAGGUUUGGCAGGAGUUCACUGAUGGCUUUCAGUAAUUUGUUUAAGUAACCUAGUGGCACAAAGCAUUAUUGCUGCAUAACGACAUUUUUUGUUUUGUGAUAGAAAACAGCGGCGAUAAAUCUGGUAACAGUGAAGGUGACAGGAUUCAUUUUACUGCUGGUAAAUGCCUUUACUAUGGCCGAGCAGAGCUCAAGACCUCUGAUCACAGGUACACUCAAGACUAGAAGCUUAGAUUUUGUUUUUAAAAAUGCUGAUCAUGCCAGUUGCAAGUGGGAGAUCGUUUGAUCCAAAAGAGUCAAGGUGGUGGUUUCCGAUUUGCCUGACUUUUUUUCAAGCCUUAUUCCAAAGUCCUGCAGUUAUAGUUGUCAAGUCUGCAAUUAAUUUCCUGCGUUUAAAUCACGUUAGAUAAAAUGAUAGUCACUUUCGAGCCAGGUAGGUACGCAUUUUGUGGUGCAGUGCUGAAGUUAAGGUGAAUCGAACUUUUUAGCCAUCUCGGACCGGCUGGUAGAUGUAAUCCUACAAUGAAAGCAGUUAUAAGGAAGCAUCCGUAGUUUGCGCUCCUGUUUUGUAACCUUUUUGUUUGUUCUUAAUUGUGUGAAAUAUGAUUUAUAACCACGAAAAGUUCGCAACAUGACAUUUGUGAAUUGAGCCUUAUCAACUAUGAGCCUUUUAGAGAGAUCACAGAGAGCUGACAAGCCCUUAAGACACUACCAUCACCAAAAUGCAGCCUUUUGUUUAUCUUGUUUACUUUGCGUUAUGUUCCUUUCAAGCGCAGUGGACGAAAUUAAAUAAUCUUUGCUCGCUCUCCCAUCUAUCCAACUUUCCUUCUUCCUACUUUCAGCUAAAUAUUGCCUCUAACGAUCUUCCUACUUUCUAAAUAUUGCCUCUGUCUGGUCGUAGCUAUUUUCCUUAAAAGCUUAGUGGAUAAUUAACAAUUAUUCCUCGAGCACGAAUGGGCUCUUAGUCGGCCGAAUGGGCCUUUGACUCAGAGGCCAUUCGGGCUCGAGGAAUAAUUGACUAUUGACUCAGUGGCCAUGAGGGCGAGAGAAAUAAUUGUUUUAGUAAAAUCAAACUAGCUGGUCAAAAAUAUCAACUCAAAACAACUUUAGCUAGCAAAACGCGAUUCAGCCGCCAUUGUUUUGGUUUUCAAAGCCGGCGCUUUUCGCUACUAGAUAGUGGGCUAUAACAUACAGCAUAGUAGUAGCUCAACUAAUCAGAACGCAGCAUUGAUAAUAGACCACUAGUUGGAUUUUACUAAAACCAAAUAGUCUUUGCUCGCUCUCCCAUCCAUCCAACUUUCUUUCCUCCUACUUUCUAACUUACUGUAACCUGAUAAUGCCUCUAACUGGUUGUGACAAGAGAUUCAGGAAUCAAAGCAGUAACACAAAUUUCGCUUGUCUGCAGGCCAGUUGUCGCUCUUGUAGAAAUUGAAAUACAAAAAGUGGAUCGGACCAAGCAGAGACAAGUACAUGACGUGGUUAUGAAGGCUAUGGGACCCGCUGACCCAACCAUCGUGGUAACAAGCGAUGAAUCAGGCGAUGAGGAUCCUGGAAUUGAUGUAUCGGAGCUUCUUGAGGCUGUAGAGCCUUAUGGGACGGUAGUGUUAGUAAGGUAGGUUGGAUAUUCUGUCAUCGCCAAGCAGACGUCUUUGUUGAAAUGUGCCAAUCUUUCCGGAAAAAAGAAACUUUUUGGAGGAUUUUUGAGAGUUGAGACCAAUUGGUCAUGUUCUUUUAGUCAGCAGUUUUGUAAAAUUACGCUCUAAAAAGUAAUUUAUGAUACGACCCUUCCGGUCCCGCGCGCAAUUUCGUUGGAAAACCAUAUGAUAAAAAAGCCCCGUAUGAGGGCCGUAAGAGCAAAGUGACAGCGAAACGAGGCAAAUGCGGCCAUGAACGCGUUUUCUCUCCGUUAGAAAAAUUCAAAAACACAACAGUCAUGAUGAAAUGCUCAUUAGCUGAGUUAGGUCGGGCCAGAUGGGAAAAUAUUUGGCUCUCGGUCAGGACGCACGGUCCUCGAGCCAUCUGUUUUCCCUUCCCACUCAGUCAGUAAGUACAUAUUACGAAUUUAGUAUUUUGCUGUGUUAAGUUUUCCAAAUUUAUGGCUGUUUGAUAAGAAAAGAAGUUGUAUUAGAAAACUGCCCCUUUCUGGUGGUUGAGUAACCGUCUUUUGUUUGUGUGCGUGUGUUUUUUUUCCAGAGUGGUUGACGAUGAAAUUUGUUUGACUAUGGAUGAUGGUCGAAGUGCAUUGAAAGCUCUGGAACUGGACGGAAAGGAGGUAAACAAAAUAGCAGGAACAGUUGGAUUUUUUGCUAAAAUCACUUUAUUAACCCCCAGUAUUCUGGAAGUGCAAGAGUUAUAGUUGAAGCUGUCAUAUAACGAGACUCUUUCGUGGACAGUUUUAAUGGUGCCUGGAGUAAGCAAAUAAGCGUUUCGUAGAAGAGAAAAUUUGUGGUAAUCGUGUUGUAAACGUCCACCUAUUAUUCACUUGAGACAUGUUUAGAAAGGUUCGGGGAAAUUAAAGAUUGUUGUCUUUUAAAUGGUCACCGAUUGUUUUUUUUUUUUCACCUAAAGGUAGCCACCUUUCUCACCUGGCCUAUCUUUUAACGAGAGAAAUAACUGUUUAUAUAUUUCAUAAAUCGCUUUAGGUAUGUGGAAAAACUGUUCAAGUCAGACUGAAAUCGGAUUCUCUUCUGUAUAAAACGGACCUCACGGUUCAGAGCCUCGUCACAAAAGAUACUUCAUUCGUCGAUGCUUCGGAAGAGAUUGACGAUAGUCCGUUCAGUCCCGUAAGAGGUCGGGCUCUUUCGGAUUUGUUAUCUUCGCCAGGGGAAAAGCAUCCUAAUGGCUUGCCUGUAUUAGAACCAAUUAAGAUUCAGUCGACGGAAGAUGCCGAGGAUGAAAGCUCUGAGAGUGAGGUGGAAGAUGAAAUGAACUUUGAGGUGACUAAUGAUAGUGAUGAUGAUAGUGAACCCGAGGUGGACCGCGAAAUAAAGAGGACAAGAGACGAGGAUGGAAUGAACGGUAGGAGCUAAGAUAUAGAACUUUAAAAUGAAGAUUACGGUUCACGUUUCAUAAUUCAAAUCUCUGCCCUGGUUGUCUACCAACACGAUUAUUAAAAGACCACUGCUUUAUGUGGACAUUUUAUUCCAUCCAGCGGGGAGAAGCGCGGAGAGUAAUGCGCUUCUUAGUUUCUGUAUAAAUGGGAAACAACAACUGCUCCCUGUUCCAUGUCAUCUCUCUUGAGGUUUAUUAUCCUUUGCUUCCCUUUCAGCAGUUGAAGGCCAUAAAAGGGAAGACAGUCAGAAGCCGGCUCCAAAGCGUCCACCUCCACCAAGACCCGCACCCGCACGACCCAAACCUGUGUCCAAGGCUCCUUCUCAAGUGGAAGUAAAAACAGUCCAAGAAAUCAUUGUUAGCUCAAUGCCUGAAGAGGAUGGCCCGACUGCAACAACAACUGGAGCCAUUGAUGAUUUUGAUCCGUUGGUUAAGAGUGCUGCCAAGGCUUCUCCAAAACCUUCCAGGCCCGCUCCUCCUAAACGACCAGCUCCUCCCAAGAGACCCACUGAUGGUCCAAAGGUACCGGCCCCUGCCACCCCCUCACAAAAGGAAAUUUCUCUGAAUCCCAAGCCUAAAGUAGAAAUCAUUCAUGGUCAAACAAAGAAAGCCAAACAGGUAAAAUGAGUUUGGGUUUGAAUACAAGUGAACUUGUAGACUUCGAAUGUGGACUUGCAUUACCUUCGUAACUGAUUUACCUUGUGAAAUUCGGGUUUUACUCAUUUUCGCGGCAAUUCAACGCCUGCAACUGGAAUAUCGUUAAAGCAAAAUUCAUCUACAAGACAUGUUAGUAAAAAACAACCCGCUUUUUUGUCGUUUCGCAUUCACCGACCAUAUAACGAAUUUCCAGAAAAAUUCACUAUUUGUCGUAAGAAACUUCCCCACCCCUAGAAAACCUUUUGAAACCGUCCGUGGUUGUCAAUUACGCGCACAUUUUUUUGCAAGACGGACUAUUUCCCUUAUGGCUUAUUGCACCCUAUACAUAAUUUCUAGUUCGUUAUGUUGUCGAGUAUUUAUUCUUGACCGUGUUAUGUAUUUUGGACUGAAUCAAAGACUUCUUUUUGUGAUUUACUUACAGGGCUCCGGUCCAGGGAUAAGUGUCCCAUUUAACGUCCAACAUGUGGCCCAUAUAGGGGCUGAUAAUGUAGAGGCUCUGCUACAGGCUGCCAAAGAUGACCCCAAAUUACUCCCUUCGUUUUUACUACCCGAGGGUUUAAAGGAAGAGAAAGAUGAAGGGCAACAAAUGGUGGAAACAGAUGAGAACGCCCCAAAAGGUAAGCGUAUGAACAAGCUGCUGAACAAGGUUUGCUUUUGAAUAGUAGUUAGGUUGAUGGAAUCCACAGGACUGGUUGAGAAUUUUGUUAGAAUUUCAUCGAUAGCGUCUUUGUUGUUAGCCCUCUACAUGGGUUUAGAGCAUUGUUUCUACAUUCUGUUUUGAUGAAUAUCUUGAAAUACGCCUAUAGUUUCUUCGUGUUUACGUUUCCUUGCUUGUACUUGUAUUUUAAGUUGGCAAGGUACUUUUCAGGUUUUUUUUUUCUUUUGUUUUAAUCCGGGUUCCUAAUGUAGUUGAAAGCGAUGAGCAUUUUUAUCAACCCAUACUUUGCACUGAUUGUUAUUUUUUGUUUUGUAAAGGCGACAAAGGAGAGGAAACCAAGGAGAAGUCACUUGACUCAGAUAAGAAAUCGGCCACUGCUCGUCCUGUUACAGAUCAGUCUAAACCUGCUGACAAGCCUGCACCGAUUCCACGCGCUGGUUCAGUCUCCAGUCCCUCCAAACCGAUUCCCAAGCCAAGACCUCGCUCGUUAGCAGUCGAACGCGACAUUAAUGAAGAAACGGACGUUUCAGACUCAACAGAGAGACCUAUAGCACCUCCACGUGCUAAAUCUAAACCUCCCCGGGGAGAAAUCGUGGAAGAGGCUCAACAGAAUCCCACUAUUAAAGCCCCUAAACCCGAGCCCUCGAAGAGACCGGACUUACAUCCCCCUCCGCCUUUAAAACCAAAGCCCAAACCAGUGCGGAGUGAGCGUCCAGUCGAUCCUCCUCAAAUUUCUGCGAGUGAAUCAAAUGACGUAUCAGUGAUAAAUGACUGUGAUGAAGACACUGUUGAAUGUGACAAACUGGAAAGUCAAACAAAAGACCCUGCUAAAGUAGGGCCUCUAGGCGGAGAAACCAAAAAGGCCCCGCCUCCACCGGUACCCCGGAGAGUCGACCUUGAGUAGGCUUGCGGGGCCCCAAAGCAAGUAUAAACUGUUGUCGAGUUGGAGAAACACCCUACGAGCUUUCUAUUUGUGCUAUGGUGUUUAAAUACAGACUCUUCUUGUUGCUAUGUUACCUCCGAGAGAUACUAUGGUGAACGACGCGUCACACUGCUUUCGCCACCCCGCGGAAGUCAGUGUUCGUGGUGCUCUUGUGUUGGGGUCUAAUUGACUCUUUUGGGUCGUCCUAAACCAAAGUUGUAUAUAAAUCUCAGACGCCCUUUGUAGGCUAUUGGCCAUGUUUUAUAAUGCAAAUGACAAAUGACAACAGACGUUCGACUAUUGUGACUAGUGACAAAUUCGAUUAACAUGAUAGGAACUUUGACCAUGAUUUAUUUUCAAUGUACAGAAUUUUUAGAACAACAUAGAAAUGAAUAUGAUUCAGUGGAAAGGGUAUGUUGAGGGGUGUUACAAUAAAAGCAUCAUUUAACACAGCUAUCACGCAAUGACAGUUUCGGCAAUGUUAAUAAGGCGAAGCUUCGAGAAAAGGUUCCCAAACGGGUUGAGAGCGUCUAAUUGUCUUCAUUUCCAGGGUUUAUGCGCGUUACGGGAUAAAGGACCUCGACACAAGGACGUACACGCUCAAUGGCAGAUCAAUUUUUUCUUUAAGUUUCAAAAGUUUUUCACAAAAAGUUAUGCUCUCUUAAAGUUUGGUUGCCUCUGCCAAACCCUUUCUCUGUAGAGGCGACCAUAGGAAAUUUGCUAUUGAAGGAGAGACAGGAGUCCUCUGCACAUUGAUGGAGCUGUUAAAAAGCUCUUUCCUUUGUUAAGCACUGAUAAGCAAGAUAAAGAAAUGCAGAAUUAGUGGUCGGGAAGACGUUCUUUAAUAGAACCGUGUGGACCCGGAGCCGGCGAGGUGUUACCAACAUGAGGUUAGAAAGAACCCUAAAAUUCAACCCAACCUCCCGCUUCGUAGGACUCUGGCGCCAAUAGCUACUGAUUAUCAGCUGAUGAAGUAUUUU